CACUAGGGAGGCGGGACGGGCGCUUGCGCAGAGAGGCGGGGCGAGCGGCGGCGGCGGCGGCGGCGGCGGGCGGCGGCGAUGGAGCGAAAGCGCGGUCUGGAUGUAGGUCCGGAGGCGGGGCCCGACGACGGGGACCCCGUGGAGAAGAAGCGGCUCCUGCUGUGUGUGGACUUCACCGCCAUCGCCAGCUGCGAGGCUGCUGUGGCGCGGCGCUACCUGACCGAGAACGCCUGGGAGAUGGAAAGGGCGCUGAACGCCUACUUCGAGCCGCGGCCGGAGGAGGGCGCCGUCCCACGCCGCCCGGAGACCGCGCCCGCGCCGGGGUCUUGCGUUGACCUGACCAGUGAGGACCCAGCCGCGCCCACGCGCCCAGGGAGCCGCACGCCUGAGCAGCCCACCCAGCAGGAGGACGGCAGCGCGUUCUCCUUGAUCACCUGGAACAUCGACGGGCUGGACCCCAGUAACCUGCCUGAGAGGGCCCAGGGGGUGUGUGCCUUCCUGGCGCUGUACAGCCCGGACGUGGUGUUUCUGCAGGAAGUCACUCCCCCGUAUUACAGCUUCCUGAAGAGGAGGGCGAGCGAUUACACCAUCAUCACAGGUCACACGGAAGCGUACUUCACGGCCAUAAUGCUGAAGAAAUCUAGAGUGACGUUUAAAAGCCAAGAGAUUAUUCCUUUUCCGAAAACGAAAAUGAUGAGAAACCUUUUGUGUGUGCAUAGAAGAGUUUGCUCCUCACUAAUGGUCUCUCCGUGGUCUCCGAGGACUUUGUACGGUUCGUCUUUAUGUAAACUUCAAGGACAGACAAACGUGUGGAAACGAAACCCUUGGUUCGGCAGGCGUCUUCCUGGCGAUGUGGACGCGGUGGUGACGUCCCGAGUUCGCCUCCGGCGCCGGUUUCACGCGGUGCAUGGCCCCCGAGCCGCCGGGGUGUGCGGCGGCUGGUGUGAAGAGGGCACCUCGCUGGUGCGGCGGCGGCAAACGGGGAACGGUCCCAACCGAUUCGUUCGCUGGCCUGUCCUGAGCGCCUGCGUGCCGGGCCCUGGAGGACACGGCAGUGGGCAGAGGGACCGUCCUGUGUGCAGGAGUCACGCUGCCAGCGUGUCGGGGAACGGGCUGUGCCUCAUGACGUCCCACUUGGAGAGCACCAGGGAGCACGCCCAGGAGCGGAUGAAUCAGCUCAGGACGGUGUUGAAGAGGAUGCAGGAGGCGCCGGAGUCAGCCACGGUGAUAUUUGCGGGAGACACAAAUUUGCGGGACCGCGAGGUCGCCCAGUGCGGCGGUCUGCCCGGCAGCAUCUCGGACGUCUGGGAGCUGCUGGGCAGGCCCAAGCACUGCCAGUACACGUGGGACACGCAGGCGAACUCCAACCUGGGCCUGCGCGCCGUCAGCAAGCACCGCUUCGACCGCAUCUUCCUCAGGGCAGCCGCGGACGGCGGCCACCUCGUGCCCCAGAGCUUGGACCUCCUGGGGCUGGAGAAGCUGGACUGCGGCAGGUUUCCCAGCGACCACUGGGGCCUCCUGUGCCGCCUGGACGUGAUCCUGUGAGGUGCCUCCCCAGCGCCAGUCCCUGCUCCGAGCGGUCCUGUGCCGGGGGCUCGCAGACACACGGUGACCCUGCCCGUCGGGGAGGCCGCGUCUCGUGUGCGGGAGGUAACGGCCCGCACCCUGGAGGAGGAGACACUGCUGCGCUUCCACUUGUGAGCUGUGUCCUUAGGUCUCAGAACUGGAUGCUGGCGUGUAUCUCAGCGAAACUCCUGUGCUCAGACCGAGAGGCCUCUCGGCGACCGGCACGGAGGCCGUCGGGGCCGGGUCGCCUGCGCCCAGGCCAGUCUUCAGAGGUGACUUACUUUAAAAAUCGCCACCCAGAAACAGCUCGUACGUUAAGUGAGUCUACAGAAGGAGAAAACUGGCUGUUUCCGAGUCCUUCGGACUGGACCUGUGGUCCCAUUUCACAAACCGCGCGAAUCUCGCCCAAAGCCACGCUCGUCUGCCUGGGAGCGCACGGCCGCCCUGCCGUGUCGGAGCAGGUGUGCGUGGCUCACCGUGCCUGGCCCGUGAGCUGUGCGUGAGCUCGCGCUUUCCCCAAACUUGCCCACACUCUCGGCCACGGCUGUGUCGCCAAGAGAGCGGAGCGAGGCUCGGCAAGGGUGGAAGCCAGCUUCACGGCGGCACCAGGCUUUUUCCCGAGGGAAGAGUUGUGUGAGGAGAAAUAGCCUUUAGUUUUGCUGCUCUAACAUGGAAUUGUGGUGCAAGGUGUAAGGAGCAUUUUCAAAUGUGCUUUGAGGAAACUUUUCCCCCCUAAGAGAAAGGCACCUAGACGGAGAAUUUUACUUGUUGGUAGUGUGUUUUGGAGCUGUAACAGGAUUCAUGUUCCCCUCCUUCCCUUCGGGCUCCGUCCCCACAGCCACACCUGUGGGGGGCGGGGGGAGCGGAGCUGUGUCUGCGCCGCCUCUGGCCGGCCAAGCAUGCUUUGGCUGUGCUGGCUUCUCAGCUUAGAAAGGAAAGCCGCUGAGAGGGGUCACCAGAGGGCGAUGUAGCAGAACCUUAUUUUUAGCAGGGGCAUCAAAACGAACAAGUAAAACACCUCAAAAAAGACCAGCUGAAUGUAUACAGAAUAUUGUCUUUGUAGUGGCAAGGGAAAGGAGUUUUAUAUGGGAAUUAUAAUUUUAACCAUUAAAAAUAAAAUGAGGAUGUUAAUAUUUCA